AUGGAAGAUCAACCACAAGGAACGUUACAAAACGUUCUAGAACAAGAAUCUCUCAAGUGGGUUUUCGUUGGUGGCAAAGGUGGUGUUGGUAAAACCACAUGCAGUUCUAUCCUCUCUAUUCUUCUCGCUUCUGUUCGCUCUUCUGUUCUCAUCAUCUCAACCGACCCUGCUCACAAUCUCAGCGAUGCUUUUCAACAGCGCUUCACAAAAACCCCUACUUUGGUUAAUGGUUUCUCCAAUCUAUAUGCAAUGGAAGUGGAUCCUGCGGUUGAGCAUGAUGAUAUGGGUGGUUCUGAUGGGAUGGAUAGUUUGUUCUCUGAGCUUGCUGGUGCAAUUCCUGGAAUUGAUGAGGCUAUGAGCUUUGCUGAGAUGUUGAAAUUGGUGCAGACAAUGGAUUAUUCUGUCAUUGUAUUUGACACUGCUCCAACUGGUCAUACACUUAGACUGUUGCAAUUCCCGUCGGUUUUAGAGAAGGGUCUUGCAAAGAUGAUGUCUUUGAAAAAUAAAUUUGGUGGUUUGUUUAGUCAGAUGACUCGCAUGUUUGGCAUGGGUGAUGAUUUUGGUGAAGAUGCAAUUCUCGGAAAGCUUGAAGGAAUGAAGGAUGUAAUCGAACAAGUUAAUAGGCAAUUCAAAAAUCCAGACAUGACAACCUUUGUCUGUGUUUGCAUUCCCGAAUUUCUCUCGCUUUAUGAAACUGAAAGACUGGUUCAAGAACUCACAAAGUUUGAGAUUGACACACACAACAUCAUCAUUAAUCAAGUAAUCUUUGAUGAUGAAGAUGUUGAAUCCAAGUUACUUAAAGCAAGAAUGAAAAUGCAACAGAAGUACUUGGACCAGUUUUACAUGUUGUAUGAUGACUUUAAUAUUACUAAGCUUCCACUUCUUCCGGAAGAGGUUACUGGUGUUGAAGCUCUGAGAUCAUUUUCAAGACAUUUCACGUUACCGUAUAAACCGUUAUGCAGUACUGAUCAAGUAGAGCGAUUAGAACGUAGAGUAUCAGCGUUACAGGGUCAGUUAAAAGACGCCGAAGAAGAGUUGGAGAAAGUCAAAAGAGGGAAGCAAAAGGCUUGA